AUGGAUUACCCCAAGCUAACAUGUGGAUUGCGAUCAGUCUUAGUACCGAUGGCCCCCAACAAUGAAAACGCGUUUAACCCAUGCUUCUACACCACUAUGCUAACCUUGUUUGCUUCGGCCAUUCUAAUAUGGGGUGGUUUUACGAUGUGGAAUCAGUUGAAAAGACUUAAUCAUCACAAUUAUCUGCUUGAGAACGUAGGUCCUACAGCGUACACACGAGUAGUCUUGGUACUAAUUCAGGUACUUUUAUUUGCAUAUAUAGGCAGUUUUGUCAGCAUCCACGAGAGGUUGGCAGACCAGAAAAUUAUUGCAUUUGGGUUGUCUACAAUGGCGAUGGUUUGUGUCAUUUUGCCUUUGCAUGUAUUGGAGAUUGCUACUUCCCCGAUACAACUCGACGUAUUACUCGUUUUCUGGCCUUGUUUUACGGUAUUUGCUACUGCGCUAUAUUACCAAGAUAAUUAUACGGAUUGGGUUAUCAUCCAACUGGUGAAAUCAAUCCUGGUUAUUGAGAUCAUUGUGGUGAUCAAUAGUAUCCACAUUUUCGUAUUGGAGUAUUUCAAAUGGACACCUAGUCGAGACUUGCGUGAAACGUACAAAAUAACAGGAAGAUCUUACAAAUUAGAAGAACCCAAUAUACUACAACGCCUCACAUUCACUUGGAUGAAUGAAUUAAUUGUGAACUCUUAUAAAAACAAAACUGUAACCAAUACGGAAUUGCCAAACACACCAAAAGAAAUAUCAACAGUUUAUUCGACUACAAUGUUGGAAAAGCAUUGGAACAACGGCAACUUGUUAUUCAGUUUGUUCAAUUCCUUCGGUAGAGGUUUAUUUGUAGCAUUUGGAUACGAGCUAUUAGCCAGGACCCUCAACUUUACUAGGCCGCAGUUGUUGAGGUUUCUAAUUUUGUUUUUCACCAUCAAAAGUCCACCAAUGCUACGUGGUAUGUUGAUUUGUGUUGGCAUCUUUGCAAAUACGGUUGCUCAAAACGCACUAAAUAAUAAGUACAUGUUGAGAAAUUUGGAAAAUAGCUUAAACAUCAGAAGCUCCCUCACUUCAUUGGUGUAUAAAAAGACUCUAAAGUUAUCAAGCGAAGCCAGGUUGAAUAGUUCAUCGGGAGACAUAAUCAACUUGAUGUCUGUCGACAUCAAUAGAAUAUCGUCUACAAUGGUUAAUUUUAGUACCUUGAUUAUUGCACCGUUUGACAUAAUUUUAGGGUUGAUUUCAUUGUGGCCAUUGUUGGGAGUAUCCACAUUGGCGGGUUUCGUAGCAAUCGUGGUGGCUCUACCUAUCAAUGCAAUACUAGUCAAGUACAUAACGAGCUGGAACAGAAAACAAAUGAAAUUGAAGGAUGACCGAACGGGAGUGAUCAACGAGAUACUAACUUCUAUAAAAAGCAUUAAGCUAUUUGCCUGGGAAACGCCAAUGUUGACCAAAUUAUCACAAGCUAGAAACGAUCGUGAAUUGAAGAACUUGAUCAAGGUUAGAUUUUACAAUCAGGUUUCAAAUUUUGUUUGGUCUUUGAUACCAAUAUUAAUGAACUUGCUUUGUUUUGGGACUUAUGUGUUGACACAAAAGAAGCCGUUGACUUCAGAUAUAGUCUUCCCAGCAUUGAGUUUGUUAAGUUUGGUUUCAAGUCCAAUUUUGGAGUUUUCCGAUACAAUUAAUUCAUAUAUUGAGGGAAAGGUUGCAUUAGGGAGAGUGCGCAAGUUUUUGGUUAGUGAAGAAUUAGACACGAGCGCCAUAAGCAGAGCACCAGAGUUGAAUGAUACUCUCGCAAAUGCGGUUGAAAUAAGCAACGCUUCAUUUUACUGGACAAGACCCAAAUAUAAUGAUGACCAAGAGGGUGAAGACACAGUGACCUCAAACGGGUCACAUGCAUUAAAGAAUGUCAACUUCGAAGUUCCUAGAGGAAGCUUGUCUUGCAUAAUAGGUAAAGUUGGUAAUGGUAAAACUUCUUUGCUAUAUGCACUUCUCGGUCAAAUGGUCUGCGUGAAGGGGGAGUUGGCAACAAGGCCCAUUGUCAAAGUCCAUGGCUCAAUAGCUUAUUGUGCCCAAAGUCCUUGGAUUAUGAAUGCUUCCGUUAAGGAAAAUAUCUUGUUUGGAUGCAGGUAUGAACCAGAAUUUUACAAGUUGACAGUUGCUGCAUGCCAAUUAGAGCAAGACUUGAAAAUUUUGCCUGAUGGAGAUGAAACACAAGUUGGCGAGAAAGGGGUCAGUUUAUCCGGUGGACAAAAAGCUAGACUAGCACUUGCAAGAGCUGUAUAUUCCAGGGCUGACAUCUACUUGUUGGACGACAUUCUCUCAGCCGUUGAUUCUCAUGUGGGUAGGAAAAUAAUCGACAAGGUUCUUUCCAGAAAUGGAUUGUUGGGUUCUAAAACAGUCAUUUUAUGCACCAACUCUAUCCUGGUGUUGAAGUAUUCCAGCAGUGUUACUAUGAUUGAAAAUGGAAAAAUAAUAGAGUCGGUGCCAUACCUGGAAGUGGAUCUGAAUCACCAUCCCAAGAUCUACAACUUGAUUAGGAAGUUUGGAAACGAUUCAGGGGACAGUUCAUCAGCAACCCCACAACCAACACUGUCAAGCGAGUCUGAGUCUUCUGAAGGAACGGCGAAACAGGAAAUACAACCGUUAGAGACAUAUGAUAAGCUAUCGUCAAUGAGACGUGCAAGUAUAGAAUCCUUUCAUUGGGAUCCUUUGCAGAAGUUGUUGCCAAACUUAAAGUCGGGUUCGACUCAAGAAGAAAGUCAAAAGGGAAAGGUUAAGUGGGAAGUUUAUAUAGCUUACAUCAAGGCUUGUUCAAUUGGUGGUAUUUUUGUGUGGAUUUGCUUCAUAAUCAUGGCAAAUCUUUUAUCGAUUGGAAGCAAUUACUGGCUCAAGCACUGGACUGAGGAAAAUUCUGAGUCAGGUGAGAAUAAGGACAUUUGGAAUUUUCUUAUUGUUUAUGCGGCUUUGGGCGUGGGAGCUACGUUCAUGACUGUUGGAAGGUCUCUUAUAAUGAGAAUGUGGCUCGGUAUAAAUGCCUCGAGAAAAAUCCAUAACGAAAUGGCAAAGAGGGUAUUGGGUGCGCCUAUGGAGUUCUUUGAAAGGACUCCUGUCGGAAGAAUUAUGAAUCGUUUCACUAAUGAUAUAAAUAGGAUUGACGAUGGGAUCCCAUCCAUUUUUCUGGCCUUUGUUUCACAAAUAAGUCGGACAAUAUUCACCUUGGUUGUGGUCAGUCUUGCAAUUCCCGCGUACAUUAUUCUGAUUUUGAUCUUGGGAGCCAUCUAUGCUUAUUACGAGGUUUAUUAUGUUGCGAUAUCAAGAGAGUUAAAGAGGUUGGUGAGUGUUUCAAGGUCUCCAAUAUAUGGUCACUUGGGUGAAAGUUUGAAUGGCAUUGACACUAUUAGAGCGUAUGGACAGAAUGACAGAUUUGAUUUUAUCAUGAAUAAAGUUGUUGAUUUCAACUUGAAAUCUCAGUACAUGCUCACCUCAAUAAACCGGUGGCUAUUUUUUAGGUUGCAGGUUGUGGGUGGGUUGGCUGUCUUGUCUGCUUCGAUAAUGUUGAUUCUAAGUGUUAAAACUACACACCCUUUGACUUCUUCAAUGGCAGGGUUCUUAAUGACUUAUACAUUACAGGUCACAGGAUCUUUGAGAGUAGUGGUGAGACAAUCUGCUGAAGUAGAGACAAGCAUUGUCGCCGUUGAGAGAUGCUUGGAAUACACUCAAUUACCGGUAGAGGAGGAAGAUGGCCAAGAGAUCUUUGCUCCACCACUUUCUUGGUACAAGCGUGGAAAUGUCCAAUUCCACAACUACUCUACAAGAUACAGGCAAAAUCUUGAUUUGGUGUUGAAGAAUGUUUCUUUAACUAUUGGUGAAGGUGAAAAAGUAGGUGUUGUUGGUAGAACAGGCGCCGGUAAGAGUUCUCUUGCCUUGGCCAUUUUUCGAAUAAUUGAGCCUGUUGAGGGAAACAUUGAGAUAAAUGACAUCAACACAAGUGCCAUAUCUUUGUAUGAAUUGAGGCAUAGAUUAAGUAUAAUUCCCCAGGAUUCUCAAUUAUUUCAAGGGUCAAUAAGGCAAAAUUUAGACCCGUUCAAUUAUUACACUGACGAUGAAAUUUGGAAAGCUUUGGAAUUGGCUCACUUGAAGGAUCAUGUUGCGCAGCUCGCCUCUAGUGAUACUUCAAAGAAUGACGAAGAUGGUGACGGUACUAAUCUGGUUCAGCCUACCCAAAACAAGCUUUUGUGUAAAGUAAAUGAGGGUGGUUCAAACUUUUCGGCAGGACAACGGCAGCUAAUGUCUCUUGCAAGAGUAUUGUUGAAGAUGAAUGAUUCGAAAAUCUUGGUUCUCGAUGAAGCCACUGCAGCUGUUGAUGUGGAAACUGAUAAAAUCAUUCAAGAAACCAUACGUGAAGAAUUCAAGGAUAAGACAAUAAUAACUAUUGCCCACCGAUUAGAGACUGUGAUGGAUAGUGAUAAGAUUCUAGCAUUAGAUGAAGGAAAAGUUGCAGAGUUUGACUCUCCUACAGAUCUUCUAAAGUCUAAAUGUGGUGUAUUUUACGGAUUGUGUGAACAAGGAGGUUACGUAUAG